UAUCUUGUAAGGUUUGGACACAUUGUGGCGCCCGAGUGCGAGCUUCACCAGAAGCAAGCCCUCAUUUGCUUGUCAACGCACUGCGACCCGCUGCACGUUCGGUGGCUAAAACGAUCAUCCGAUUUUGAGGAAAUUGACCUUCAGAACAGGAAGAAGAUCCUAGACUGACAAGCCCAGGGAUGGGAGCCAAGAAAACAAUGACCAAGGACGGAGCUGGCACUGUGGGAGAGUAACUUUCACCAAGAUGAAACACGCUUCUCCAACACCGGAGAAUGAACACAGGCCAGCCAGGUGGUGAGGCUGGGUCAGCAGCGGGUACCUCGAGGCGAUUACGAUUUGAAAAACCGUCGGCAAUCCAACAGCGAGCCAUCAAGCAGAUAAUUAAAGGGCGAGAUGUCAUCGCACAGUCUCAGUCUGGCACAGGCAAAACUGCCACCUUCAGUAUUUCCGUCCUCCAGUGUUUGGAUAUUCAGGUUCGUGAGACCCAGGCUUUGAUUUUGGCCCCAACGAGAGAGCUGGCUGUGCAGAUCCAGAAGGGCCUGCUCGCUCUGGGUGACUACAUGAACGUCCAGUGUCACGCCUGCAUCGGGGGCACCAACGUGGGGGAGGACAUCAGGAAGCUGGACUAUGGACAGCACGUGGUCGCCGGCACGCCGGGCCGUGUCUUUGAUAUGAUUCGUCGCAGAAGUUUAAGGACACGUGCUAUCAAGAUGCUGGUUUUGGAUGAGGCCGAUGAAAUGCUGAAUAAAGGUUUCAAAGAGCAGAUCUACGACGUGUACAGGUACCUGCCCCCGGCCACGCAGGUGGUGCUCAUCAGCGCCACGCUGCCCCACGAGAUCCUGGAGAUGACCAACAAGUUCAUGACCGACCCCAUCCGCAUCCUGGUGAAACGUGACGAGCUGACUCUAGAAGGCAUCAAGCAGUUUUUUGUGGCGGUGGAGAGAGAAGAGUGGAAAUUUGACACUUUGUGCGACCUCUACGACACGCUGACCAUCACACAGGCUGUCAUCUUCUGCAACACCAAAAGGAAGGUUGACUGGCUGACAGAGAAGAUGAGAGAAGCCAACUUCACCGUGUCGUCGAUGCAUGGGGACAUGCCACAGAAGGAGCGGGAGUCCAUCAUGAAGGAGUUCCGGUCUGGUGCCAGCCGCGUGCUCAUUUCCACCGACGUCUGGGCCCGGGGGCUGGACGUCCCUCAGGUGUCCCUCAUCAUCAACUAUGACCUGCCCAACAACAGAGAGCUGUACAUCCACAGGAUCGGCCGGUCGGGCCGGUACGGCCGGAAGGGCGUGGCCAUCAACUUCGUAAAGAACGAUGACAUCCGCAUCCUGCGGGACAUCGAGCAGUACUACUCCACGCAGAUCGACGAGAUGCCCAUGAACGUUGCCGACCUGAUCUGAGGCGCCCGCCGGGGUCCCGCAGCCACGGGGGCCGUUCCGGGCCGGUCCUCGUUCCUGGAGUCAUGUGGACUCUCCUCACAGAGUCCCCGCAGUUGGAGUCAUGUGGAUUCUCCUCACAGAGUGCUGGUGGUGGUAGAGGUUCUUCCUUUUCUUACUUAUGUGUAAAUAGCGCUUUGCUUUAUGUGUUUUUCAUUAAACGCUUGAAACUCUUCCGUUGAA